GAGAGAGAUAUGCGGAUCUGUUCAUUUGCAGGGGGCUGGAUCCCAGGGGCAGAGUUGCGGUCCUCCAUAGCUGACGGGGAAGAAGCAUGGGAUCUGGAGCAGGAGCCCUGCUGGCGCUUGUGGCAGCAUGUCUAGCGCUUGCCCCGCCCUGCGCUCUGGCUUCUUCUCGCAAGUUUGGUCUGGAUAUUGCGCAACCAAAAUUACUGAACGCCACAAAUGGUUCAUUUACUCCAAGCUCACAUGUUGAUUUUGACCCUUCAAAAUCAAAGCGACUCUCGUGGCAUCCAAGGGUCUUCUUGUAUGAAGGUUUUCUCUCUCACAUGGAGUGUGACCACUUAGUAUCUAUGGCACAUGGUAAGAUAGGGUCAUCUGUACUUGUUAAUGAUGGUGCUACAAAUAUUUCCCAGAACAAUAUUGAUGCAGGCCUCAUAUUUCGCCUGGCUGAUAGCAAAGACAUAGUUGUUUCGAAGAUUGAAGAUAGGAUAUCAUUAUGGAGUUUUAUUCCAAAAGAGCAUGGGGAGAGCAUGCAGAUUUUGAAGUAUGGAGCAAACCAAAGUGACCCUAACAAGGAAGAAACUCAAUCGAGCAGUGGUGCCAAUAGGCUUGUGACCAUUUUGAUGUAUCUUUCUGAUAUCAAGCAAGGUGGUGAAACUGUUUUCCCCAGAUCUGAGCUGAAGGAUACUCAAGCCAAGGAAGGGACACCUUCUGAAUGUGCUGGUUAUGCAGUGAAACCUGUCAAGGGCAACACAGUUCUGCUGUUCAAUUCAAGGCCUGGCGGAGUCGCCGACAAGGACAGUCAGUACGAGUUCUGUCCUGUCGUCGAAGGGGAGAAAUGGCUUGCCAUAAAACAUAUGUAUGCAAGCAAGAUCGAUAAAUCAAAACCUUCGCCGGCAUCCGAGGAUGAUGAUUGCACCGAUGAAGAUGGUAACUGUGUCAGUUGGGCCGCUGCCGGCGAAUGCGACAAGAAUCCUGUGUUUAUGAUUGGCAGUUCAGACUACUAUGGCACUUGCAGGAAGAGCUGCCAUGCGUGCUAGAUUUUUUUUUGUUUUCGUGCAUUGCCCUUAGGGAUGUCUCUUAGCAUUUUCGUUGUUUAAUACAGGCAUUGGUGUUGUAAGUGGAAAAUGAUUCAGCAAACUGUGCAAUGCCCGCAGAUAAUCUUUACUCUUGUCAGGAAUGUAGUAAGUACAUAGGUAUUGGAUUGGCUACUCUUAUAAAGUUAUGAAAAAUGAUUCUGACCUCA